UUGCAGCCUUAACGUCGCAGUGCUUGCGCCUAUUUUGCACGUUUUUCUCCAGCGGGUCUUGUCCGCCUGCGAUCCGGGAAGAGAGGAUUGCCUUCCUCCUCCACCGGUCACGGUCGCUUUCGCUCCAGGUCUCUGGGCUGCGCGGCGGCUCCGCUUAGGCGAGGGCGACCAGGGAUGCGCGCUCGGACCACCCGGUCUGCAGCCGAGACUCCGCGCAAGGGAGAUUUCUUUCUUUUUCUUUUUCCUUUUUUUUUUUUUUUAAGCUAAAUAGAUAAAUAACUAAGGCACGCCACGUCCUCCGAGGACAGUCACAGUCAGGCCAAGGCGGGCUCCGGAACCUUACUAAUAAAUGACUCCCCUAGGCCCAAAGAACCCGGGCCUCGGUUCUAGGGGGAACGCGGAGCGGGCCGCGGGCGGAAGCGGGAGGCCACCGCGCACCCCGCAGGGUUUGCGCUGGGCAUCUCCCAGGCGACGGGCUCCGCACCAAGAUGGCGGACGAGAAGGAGCGGGAAGCCUCAGAGCAUAUAAUGGCAGACUUGCAUAAGAAAAUCAAAGAAGCAUUUGAAGUGUUUGACCACGAUAUGAAUAAUACAGUAGAUGUGAGAGAGGUUGGGACCAUCAUCAGGUCAUUGGGAUGCAGCCCUACUGAAGGAGAGCUGCAUGAUUUUAUUGCAGAGAUAGAGGAAGAAGAACCCACUGGAUACAUUCGAUUUGAAAAAUUUCUUCCAGUAAUGACCAAAACGCUUCUGGAAAGAAAAUACAGACCCAUUUCUGAAGAUGUCCUUUUACAAGCUUUUGAGGUUUUGGAUACAGCUAAACGUGGGUUUCUGACUAAGGAUGAACUCAUCAAGUACAUGACUGAGGAAGGUGAACCUUUUUCUCAAGAGGAAAUGGAAGAAAUGUUGUCUGCUGCAAUUGAUCCCGAAUCAAAUUCCCUUAAUUACAGGGAGUAUGUAGCAAUGAUGGUGAUAGAUGAAAAUUAAAUGCUCCAAAGAUUUCUUUUUUCAUCUUUUAAGAUAACUGUAAAGACUCAGUUUCUAAUUGAAAGGAUACUCUGAAAAAUUGCUUGUCCUAAUUAAUUUCGUAUUUUCUCUUAUAAUUUCUAUAUUUAGUGCCUAAUGACAUAAUUAGGUAUUUUGUUUUCUAGAGAUGAUCAAUUUAAAAGACAAAUUUAUUUAGUAUGUCCGGAUUUAUGGAAGGAAAAGCUGAUGAUUUAAAAGAAAUUGAACAAUAUUGUAACAUUAAAUGUAUUGCUGCUUAUUUUUUCACAACUAGGCCAGUGAUACCUUGAAAUUAAUUAAACAGAAAAUGACGAUUUAUCAUAGAAAGAGCAUCUAAAACUCUCGUGGGGCAGGAUGGCCACGGACUGGACGUGAGUGGCAGCGUGGUGAUGGCUGUCCUUUAGAGCAGCAGUGAACACUUCAGCCAGCAGAGCAUGGAGGAGAGAGACUGCAGUAACCAUUAACAAUUGAUUCUUCUGAAUGCCAAUUACCAAUCUCAUUUGACAGUCUAAUAACGUUGUGUAAAAUUGAAAUUUGCUCAUCCAGCAUGUUGCCAUUUAUGGAAUAGCUAAAGGAGGUGAGAUAAUUGAAUCCAGAGAAAGGAAGACUGAAUGAAAACUGAUAAUGGCAAUCCCUUUUUUGCUCUUUAGAAUUUUCACCUCUUCAGAAUAUCUGUCGCAGGAAUAUUGUCCUGAGUCCUGAGUGUCUUCAGCUUGUUGUUGCCAGAAUGCAGUACCUGAAAUGGACUGAUACCAUAAGAAAGAGGUUCAUUUAGCUCAGAGUUGAGGAUGGUCAGGGUCCAGGCAACAUUGUGUAGGCUGAGCGAGGACCACCCUUGCAUGCAUCUUGCCAAGGUGCAGCAGGCCAGACAGAAACAUGUGGUGUAGCAAGCAGGAGCAGAGAUCUGGGAGGGAAUUUAGGCUUGCUCCUUUUCCAGUGGUCCCCUUACAAGAAUUACUUUCCAGGCUAGAGAGGUGGCUCAGUGGGUAAAAUAUUUGCUGAAUAUUUUUAGAUAAUGUGCUGGAGGCUGGAGAUAAAAGGUAGAUAUGCUUCGAAUUAAUCAAGGUCACAGUUUAGUUAGUGAAGGAGCCUUACAAAUCAGUCAGCAACCCCACAUUCAGGGUGCUGAAUAUUGCACAAAGAAGCAGCUGACUCAGCCUGGGUUGGGAUGAGGGUGCUUUCUGGCGGACAGACUCAAAUAGGUAACGCAUGACUUACAAACUCAAUAGUUCUUAAAACAGUCAUUCUUUGAGUAACUUGCUUCAGAGCACAGAGCAUGUCAGCAGGAGGACAGAUCAAAACCGGGAGCUGUCCCAAGACACAGGAAUCUGGGAAUUGAAUGUCUGGUGUAAAGAUACUUGGGACCUGAUGAGAGAUGAAAAGAUUGGAGUGGGAGACAGGAACCGAAUCAUAAGAGAAAAUGGGCUAAUUGGGGUUACACUUUCAGUGUUUGAACAUGGACUUUAUUAUGGAAAUCACAAAGAAAAGAGUUGGAGUUGUAAAUAGCCUGAGAAAUAAUUUGAAGGGUCAACACUAGAGGUGAGGAGACCAGCUGGUCAGCUGCUUGGUUGGCAGGAGGAGAUGGACUAGGGAAAGUCAAGCACAAAGCCCAAGUUCUGGCUUGAACACUUAGUAAAUAAUGAUAAGAGCCAUUCAGGUAAGAUACCCAAGGCUCAGGCUAAUGGCUUGACUGUGGUCAUCUCUAGCUUGAAGAGCUGGUAGAACAUAGGAAAAUCAAUAAAUAAGGGGACCUAUGCUAGAGACAUGGGCUUUAAAGUUGUCCUGGAAAGAAAAAUAAAAGAUGACCAUGGACAGAACUAGGGGAGACAUUAAGCUUCAAGGAGGGCAGAAGAGGAGCCUUCAGAGGGCAUGGGAAGGAGAAGACUGAGGGGAGGGAAAGCCCGAGGGAAGCCAUGGCAGGUGAGACUCUAAAGGAGGCAGGAACCAAGUCAGAUUUGGUGAUGUGAAGUCAUCGAUGAUGGAGAAAUGUCCCUUAGUUUCAGCAUCAACAUAUUCACUGAGAACCUGUCUUGGGGAAGUGCCAGGUAGCAGAGUCCAAUGGCUUGUGGAAUAGAUUGUUGGACAGUGAAGAGAGGAGAGAGAAAGUAGAGGGAGGGAGUUUGGAAGAUGUAAAUUGUGCAUUGUACUGUAUGCUUGUCUGUCAAGGGUUGAGACACAGCAGAGUUGCAGAGAACACUUGGGGGCAGGGAUCCAGGGCUGCAAAGAUCGUGAGCUUGGUAAUGGACAGGAACUUAUGUGUGUAGUCCCUGCUCAGUGGCCUCCAACUCUAUUAUUUCUUGUUGUUAAGAUGGGGUCUUGCUGUGUUUACAGCGUGUGUGACCCUCCUGCUUCUGCCUCCCUGGUGCUAGGAUUCCAAGCCUGAGCCUCUGUACCUAGUUAUACUGUCUGCGAAUGAGAAGGAAGAUAGUACAUCCUAGAACUACAGGAGCUGUUACAAAUCUGAAGUGUGUUGUGGGAAAUGAGAGAGCUGGGAAAUAGUCUACAGAAGAAUUUUCAAGAAACCCUGGAGGAUCUCAUCCAGCAACCCAGGCCCAAGAACAAAAUAUGUAGAGUGUCAUAAUACAUCAAAAUGGGUGAAACAGAUGCACAAAAGGCCAAGACUGACGAAUCAGCAGAGAGGGACAGUGAUGGUUGCAGGCUACAGUGGGAGGGAAAUCCAGGCUUGCACUGAGGAUUGUAAGACUGCAAAGGGCAAACAGCUGCUGUGUGGUCAGAUGGCCUGCCAGUCCUGGGAACAGUAUGCUCCCCAUGCAGUUUGUUGUCACUGUGGUGCUACAGAGCAUUUCUUUAUGUUAUUACUAAUUAGUAAGAGCAUAUAGCACAUAUACAUCUCUCAUCAUGUGUCAGGCACUAUUCUAAGUGCUUUACUUGUAUGUACUCAUUUAACCCUAUUGAUGACCCAGUGAUAUAGUUAGCAUUAUUCUGAGGGAGUGACAAAGAAGUAUGUAGCUAUAAGGAACUGUAUUAAUCAGCCUUUAGAAGUUAUGCUGCAAUGUCGACUCUUUACCACAACAAAAGUCAGUUUUCAUGUUUCUUGUCAGCUGAGACUGUGUUGUCUUAUUUUUCUUCACUUCUUUCGUAAGUAGAAUGACUAUAUGUCUCCGUUUGCUGUGGUGGACCCAGCCUGGACCUGCUCUUCCAGUAUAAUCAUUGACAUUUCUCCUUUUUACUUUUAGAUUGCCUUCAUUUGUUUGAUUCAUAUGUUGUCACCUCUUUUAAGAACUAAUGAAAUUGAUGAUGAACUCACCCCUUGGGGCUGGGCAUAUGGCUCAGUGGGUAAGGUGCUUGAUGAACAAGCAUGAGGGCCUGGGUUCAAUCCCCGGCACCCACAUCAAAAGCUGGGCACUUAACUUGGCAAUGAGGAGGCAGAUAUGGAAAGACCUCUGGAACUCACUGGCUCACCAGCCUAAUUAGUGAACCCCAGAUCCAAUAAGAGACAUUGUCUCAAAAAUUAAAUGACUCCCACGGCACACCGAAACGACACAUUCAUGCACACACAUGUGCAUGCACACCUUUACAGUAUGGCUGUGUCACCAACACAUAUGAAUCAGUUCUGGAAAGUUCUGUGAGAGCAAUAGUGGUUGUGAUGGAAGGUACCCUUCCUUCAAUAGUUUCACAAGACAAACUUCUCUAGAACACCUCAGGUUUGCUCUAGGUGAAAUCCAAGUGGAAAAUUGACAUGCCGCUCACUUAGCCAGGCAUAUUGGGAUCCCCACCUGCAGAAGAAAUGAGCCUCAAGCAUUUAGGUAAGGGCAGGGGACUCGAGGAGGGUGUGGUAACUCCAGGAGUAUACACAGCCAGGCUUUGCAAUGGCGACACAUGACAGACGUGAGAAAUGCUCAUCAAAGUGGAAGUCUCCCCAGGGGUAAAUCAUGAUGCAGGCUGGCAUAACAUGCAGUCCCAAAGCUUGCACCAGUGCCUAAAGCACAAAGGUGUGGAGUUGUCUGGAGCACCCAAGAUGGCUCCAGGAAUGUAACCCUGGCUCUGUUAAGUAAAUAGGGUAAGUGCUUCCCAUUGUUUGAUAGGCAAGAGGAACCUCAUUCUCUCACUGCAGGGAAAAGCUCAGAGGGAUGGUAGCGAAGAUGAUGCCUUAACAUUGGAUCCCUGUUCCCACCCAGAGUGUUAAGAGUUCUGGUUGGUGUUGCACUCCACUACCUGACUUGAAGGCACUUGAAGGUUGGUAGUCUUUGGUUGCCUUUUGGAGCUGUAAUUUUUAUUUUCAGUAUCAUUUGUUUUUAAGGUCACCAAAGAAUGCAACACAGACAGCAAAGGAAGUUGUGUUUUAGUCCUCAGUUGCAGAAUAAAUAGCCCAAGGGAGCACUGUUGUCACUGUGCCAGGAGUUAGGGGCAGAGCCUGGUUCAAGCUAGGCGAGGCUUCUACCUUUGAGCUACACUCACAGUGAACACUUUACGCUUUAGGUGGGCAUUUGACCUCUUAAUACCCCUCCCCAUCUGCCCAACUUCUAAACUGAACCACAGUAUUAUUUUUGUGGCAAGAAGAGCAAGGGGCUCUGGAGAAAGUUUGCUUUUCCUAGGACUUCUGGGCCCUUUGGCUUCUUCAGGAUACACUUGCUAUCCCCUGCAGCCAUGACUGCCUGUGUUCUCACACUUCUAGGCUGGGGAAGCUGUAUGACUCAGGGCCUGUGUGUCUAGGGAUCACACAUUUAUCCCACUCUGCCUGUGACUCAUUUGGGGCCCAGCACCUGACUUGUUCUGCAUCGCACCGUGAAAGUGAGAGAGCCCAGUCUGGGACUUCUCCUUUGCAAGUACCAGUGGUCAUGUGUCCAGUGCCUAAGAGAGACAAAAGGACUGUCUGAGAUGGCAACCUACGGGAGUGUCACUGGUGGUCAAGGACAGGUCUAUUUGCUGUGGACCGGAACAGGUUUCGAUCGUUCUCUCCUUUCUGUCUUUCUCCUUUCCUUUCUUUUUCUAACUCCUCCACAUAAGAAAGCACUGUUUAUACAGACAUUUCCUUGGAAAUCAUCAUCAUGACAAGGUGUAAAUAAACAGCCUCCUGGUUAUAUACACUCAGGCCUGUUCCAGACUCAGACUGUCUCUAGGAUUUCUAAAAGUGCUGCUGCCAGUCACAUUCUUCAGAAGCCCCCUGGGGGUGGGUGGGUGUUAGAAAGUAGCUGUGUAGCCAAGGAUGAUCAUAUAGAUACUCAGAACAAUCUCUGGAUGUGUAGCCCCUUAAUUUAUUUGUAAUGGACACUGGAGGAGAGGCUUAGACACACUUAAAAGCAAGAACUCUACCUUAGGAAGUGUUACGUGGUACAGAUACGGGAUUUGGGAUUGGCUUUUGCCCUUGCAGAGUGUGUAACUGGUAUAGACACUGAUAUUGCUGAGCUUCUGUGUCUUCACAUAUGAAGUGGAACGAAUUACUAUAUCGGGCUGAUGCGAU